UUAAUCCUGGAUUAUGAGGGUAAUUCGAAUGUGCUGAAAAUUGGUGAAAAAGGAGAUGACGGUAUUGAAGAGUUGUCGAUGAGUUUCAAUUCUGGUAAAUUGCAAUACGGNAUCGCCUCCAUCAAAAGUGCGGCAUCAUCGCAACCAAAAAUGAUCCUUAUUCAAUGGCAAGGUGAAGGUGUGCCAACGUCGCGACUUGCCGUAACAACGAGUCAUGCGAAUGACUUGAAGAGAUUCUUGAGGGGCAUUCAUGUGGUAAUAAUAGCACGCAGUGAAGAUGACGUUGAUAAAGAAAGUAUUUUAAAAGUAGUCGCUAAACUGCCGACUAUGAAUGAUUUNGAACGAUAUUGCUUCGGACACUUUCUGUGCUUCUUCUUUUUCACUUCUCAAAUUCCCACUAGUUCCGAUUGA